CCGAGAUCCAGGAAGUAGGGACAAGCAGACCUUUCAACAGACAAAUAAGCGACCACAAUAAACAACACGGGACAGAGGCUUUCCCUUAAACAUAUACAUAUUUUCACUUAAUCCAAGAAAUGUCGGUGAAAACGCCAAGACAAGCAAUAUCGAAUCCGCCGAUUCCUUUUGCUGGGACCAUAUUAGGCGGACUGGUUCCAGGAGAGAUGAUCCUCAUUCAAGGCAGCGUUCCUGUUGAUUCAGAGAGGUUCCAGGUAGACUUGACAUGUGGGAACAGCAUCAAACCACGGGCUGACGUGGCCUUCCAUUUCAACCCUCGUUUUAAGAAGACUUGCAUAGUCUCCAACACUCUGCAGCUGGGAUGUUGGGGCAAGGAGGAGAUCCUGUACCAGAUGCCCUUCAAACUGGGCUCAGAGUUUGAAAUAAUAAUCCUUGUGCAGAAGGACUCAUACAAGGUGGCAGUAAACGGAGCUCAUGUGCUUGAGUUCAAACACAGGGUGGAUCUGAGCAAGGUGGACACCAUAAACAUCUCAGGAAAGGUCCACAUCAAGACAAUCGGCUUCAUCCGAAACUCUGAACCAGCUCCAGCUCAGGCUCAGGCUGUGGGAACACAUAAAAUCCCACAAGCCAAAGGGUCGUUGACGCAUUCAGGUGACUUGAGCCUUCCAUUCAGAGGUACCAUAGAGAAAGGGGUUUGUCCAGGACUAACCAUCUUCAUAAAAGGCCAAGUGCACCCUUAUCCACACAGCUUCACCGUGAAUCUGUGUGUGGGUGGCACUAAGGACAUUGCGCUGCACCUGAACCCCCGUCUCAAGUCUGCCACGUUCGUCCGCAACUCCUACCUGUCGGAGUGCUGGGGGAAGGAGGAGAAGAGCCUGCCCCAGUUCCCCUUCACACCAGGGGAGUACUUUGAGAUGAUCAUUCUCUGUGAGGCUCAGGAGUUCAAAGUGGCUGUGAAUGGAGUUCACCAGCUCAGCUAUCAGCACCGUGUCCGGGAUCUUGUCCGUGUGAACGCCCUUGAUAUCGUGGGAGACAUCCAGCUGCUGGAUGUCCAGGUGCGGUGAACAUCGCCAUUGUCCUGCACAACAGAGCUGACCCUCAGAUAACUGACCAGGUCCAGAGACGACCCCCCCCCCCCUCCUGCACUUUUACUCAACCUCAUUCAUCUUGUUCUAUCUCUGCAGCUUCAGAUACUUAGACCAAAAACCCAGGUUUCAUUUCUGUAGAAAGAACUAAUUUACACUUUCUUCGGGCAUGUUUUUACACAGUGAUACACUAUGUAUGUGUCAUGUGCUGAUUUCCAUCGUCAAAUUAAGAUUCACUAUAAAUCAACAUUUGGCUCGAGUACUAUGCAUCAUUAUGGGCUUAACUGUACGUCCCCAUGUGACUUAUACUCCCACUGAUUUCUUCUCAGCCGCAUGCAUGUCAGGCUAUUUUCCUCAUAAGGGAGCCUUAUGGUCAUCACUUCUGCAUUUAACGUGGCUAAAUGAAUGUACGCUAGUCAGGAACAAAUCUUGCACUAUUUCUUAACCAAUGCUAACAUAGCAUAUGUUGCUAACAUAUAUUCAUGUAUUCUUGACUGUAGUCACUGUGACCACUAUAAGUCUAGGGUUUCUUUUCUGUCAGUCACUUGUGCCGGGAACAAUAAUCAAAAUAAUCCUGAAAAGUGUUCAUUGAAAGGAGAAGAGUGAGGUAUGCUACCUCAGCAGCUUGUCCCCGAGUCUAUGAACAGUUGGCCAACUUGGCCUGUUAAAAGUUCUGUGUUGGGUCAACAUGCACAAAUGUUUUAAUUUUUGUUUGUUGGAUUGUAACUCCAGUGUGCUGUGUCUGUAUGUGUGAACUGAGCCGCAUAAAGUCAGCUGAAGGGCAUAUUACACCUUUGGCUGAAUAACAAUUAUAACCUGGUUUACCCUACACCUCGUACCAUAAACAAACUCAUUGAGCGUGUACACAUUGAUUUUCAUUGUCCAUUGGCUACCUGAGGUUGUAAACAGACACACACAUGAAAGAGCAGAGUAUGCAAAAGAGAAAAGGUCAGUGGAGCAGUGUUGGCUCAGAUACUGACCGGUCAAAGCGAGUCAUACUGACACAUCAACAACACAUCAGGGAGAUGGAACCCUUGAGCAGUCUCUAUGCAAGUGCACAUAAUCCAUGUUUUUGUGUUUUUAGUGACAUGGACUGACCAUUUUACUUCCAUCUGUGUAAUCAUGUAACGUUGUGUUAUGUUGUACCAUUAAAUCUCUCACUUUCCUCAGGAUGGGAUUCCUAUUAAUAUACGGACUAAAAUUGUUUUUCCUAAGCAAUAUUCAUGCUCUAUAUUUGAUAUUAUGAAUGGUGAAAUGAAGGCUUUUUGUGUACUAUGACCAUGAAUAAAUGAAAAUUUCUUUAAUGCUGAA